AUGAAGCUCGAUCUCAAAAGCGUCUUCCCGGCGAUCACAGCAUUCAUCGCGUUCAUUCUCACAUUAUGCUGUCUCUUUGCCGGGACACAAAAGAAUCUGCUAGAUGGGACCGACCUUCUCACGCUCUAUACCCCACAAGGCAGCGCCAACAGCACAGGGCACGACUUCUACUCCGUUCACAUCAUGUCCUAUUGUCACGGCACAUUCGAGACCAUCGAGCCGGGGAGUGAAGGCAGCGCACGCAACGUGACCGAGUGUUCAGACCGCAAGCUCUUAUUCUCCUUCAAUCCCACCGAGGCCUGGCUCGAAGACAUCUCCCACGGCCCGAACCUGGAGUGGCCCCGAGUGAUCAGCGACGACUUCCACGCUUUCCGCCUGACGACCCGGUCGAUGGCAGUGAUGUACAUAAUUGGCGUGGGAGCUAUCGGCUUCGCACUGGUGGCGCGAGUGGUUUCGCUGAUCGCUUCGCGGGUACAACAUGGACUAUUUGAAUUCGGGUUCCUGGUGCUUGGGGCUCUGAGUCUCAGUAUUGCCUCGAUUAUCGCGACAGUCAUCGCCUUUGAGUUCGUCGCCCUCAUCAACGCUCAUGGCGACGGCUCCAACGUCUCGGCCAAGUAUGGUGACAGAUUUCUUGGCAUGACUUGGGCAUCAACCGGGCUCCUGCUGGUGGGUAGCAUCAGCAGCUUCAUCAACAUCUUUGUCCGAGGCAUGCAACCUGGACCGGCGCCCGCUCCGAAGGACGAGGAAGAGGGAGACUAG